CAGAAUGAUGGGUACGUACGCGUAAAUGCACUUUAUACCAAGUCCAUGUAAAGCGACGACCGUUGAGUCAGAUUUUCCAACCAAAUUCUUAUACCCCGAGCUCCUUCACUGAAUUCCAAGCGUUGAGAAAUAGGAAAAGGAAAAAUGACUACAAUUCCUAAUGUACCAGACACCAUCAUUAGCCUUGUUAUCGUCAUGUUGCUCAUCUUCUUAGCAGAAAUCAAAGUAGAUGCACAAGCCAGGUUUAAGCUUCCAGAUGAUGAAGUGAAAGCUCUAAGAGAAAUCGCUGUACAAGUGGGGAAGAAAGACUGGAACUUCAACAUAGAACCCUGCAGCAAUAACACAAACUGGUUGACACCAAGAUCCCAAGACAGGCCAUUGUACAACAAUUCUCUUAUUUGCAAUUGUUCCUAUCCUGGUGAUGUAUGCCACGUUGUUCAUCUAUUUCUUAAAGGGCAGGACCUUUCUGGUAAACUUCCACCAUCUCUAGCAAAGCUACCUUACCUUGAAACAGCUGAUUUUGCGCUGAACUAUCUAAGUGGUAGCAUACCUCCAGAAUGGACUUCUAUGAAGAACUUGAAAUAUCUGUCCUUGUAUGUGAACAAUGUAUCAGGACCAAUCCCCACCUACUUGGGAAACAUGACCUCUCUCGUAUAUCUGAGCUUAGAGAACAACAAGUUUUCUGGAACUGUUCCUACAGAGCUUGCCAAAUUGUUCAACUUGGAGAAUCUCAUUCUUAAGGCCAACUAUCUUACAGGGAAGUUUCCUGAGGCUCUCACUAAGCUAACCACGUUGACAGAACUUAGAAUUAGCAGCAACAACUUCGCUGGAAGAAUACCCAACUUUCUUGACAGUUGGAAAAAUCUCAACAAAUUAGAAAUUCAAGCUAGUGGUCUCAAAGGGCCAAUUCCUUCUACUAUAUCUGAGUUGAGUGAUUUAACUGAACUAAGGAUUAGUGACUUAGAUGGACAUAGCUCAGAAUUUCCAUCCUUAAAAAAUAUGACGAAGAUGAAACUCUUAAUGUUGAGAAGCUGCAAUCUCGUUGGCCCAAUCCCUGGAUACAUAUCUAAAAUGACAGAACUCAAAACUCUAGAUCUUAGCUUCAACAGAUUGAACGGAAAUCUUUCAUAUUUUCAAGACUCAUCAAAGCUGGAGAAUAUAUAUUUCACAAGCAACCAACUUAGUGGGGAUGUUCCAAAAUGGAUCCCAAAAAGAGACGCCAAGUACAAAACAGAUCUUUCCUAUAAUAACUUCAAUGAGAGCUCUGUGCCAUCUACUUGUCCUGAUUACUUGAAUUUAUUCAAAAGCUUUCCUUCACAUGAGAACUCAUUACUUGCGGAGUGCCAGAAAGGUUCUCCAUGUCUAAAAGAGGUGCACUCUUUACAUAUAAACUGUGGGGGAGGAGUAGCCACCGUAGGAGGCAUCACUUACGAAGAGGACCAGGAAGAAGGAGGGCCAACAAAGUUUGUAUUCGACGGAGAAAAGAACACGGGAUUUAGUAGUACUGGACAUUUCUGGGAUGCUGAUACCACGUCAAAAUCCUACGCACCAAACAAUGUGUCUAUACUAGGAAUGAAGGAUCCAGAAUUGUACACAAACGCACGCCUCUCUCCUCUUUCUCUCACAUACUAUGGACGUUGCUUAGCAAAUGGAAAGUACACUGUCAAGCUUCACUUUGCCGAGAUAAUAAUCAGAGACAACAGGUCGUUUCACAGCCUCGGAAGACGAAUAUUCAAUGUUUAUAUUCAGGAGAAAUUGGAGUUGAGGGAUUUUGACAUUAGAAAAGAAGCAAAUGGGUGUGAUAAGGCAAUCAUUAAGGAAUUCAAAGCAGUUGAGGUGAAGAAUAACAUUAUAGAGAUCAGAUUUCAUUGGUCAGGAAAAGGAACAACAGCUGCCCCAAAGAAAGGAACCUAUGGUCCUCUUAUAUCAGCGAUCUCUGUAGUUUCUGAAUCCCAUAAUCACCGAAUGAUGAUAUCAAUCGGCAUUGGAGCCACCACGUCAGUUGUAUGCCUCAUUGUUAUUAUUUUAGGCACUCUUUGGCGGAAAAACUAUUUAAAAGAAAGCACUUCAAGGGAAAAAGAACUUAGAGGGCUUGAUCUGCAAACAGGUCGUUUUACAUUCAGACAAAUCAAAGCUGCUACCAACAACUUUGAUCCCAGUAACAAGAUUGGAGAAGGUGGUUUUGGAUCUGUAUACAAGGGUAUAUUGUUGGAUGGCAGCAUUAUUGCGGUUAAGCAACUUUCUUCAAAAUCAAAGCAAGGAAACCGUGAAUUCGUGACUGAAGUAGGCAUAAUUUCCGGUUUGCAACAUCCAAAUCUUGUUAGAUUAUAUGGUUGCUGUAUUUCAAGAAACCAAUUACUGCUGGUAUACGAAUACAUGGAAAACAAUAGUCUUGCAGGAGCUUUGUAUGGUCCAGAGGAAAGGCAGCUAAAAUUGGAUUGGCCUACAAGGCAAAAGAUAUGUGUAGGAAUAGCAAGAGGUUUGGUUUUCUUGCAUGAGGAUUCAACAUUGAGAGUUGUUCAUAGAGAUAUCAAAACUACAAACAUACUACUCGACGGAGACCUUAAUCCUAAGAUUUCUGAUUUUGGUUUGGCCAAGCUUGAUGAAGAGGAAAACACCCACAUCAGCACCAGAAUUGCUGGAACAUUAGGAUAUAUGGCACCAGAAUAUGCAUUAUGGGGUCACUUAACUUAUAAAGCAGAUGUUUACAGCUUUGGUGUUGUAGCAUUGGAAAUUGUUGCAGGAAAGAAUAACAACAUGAAGCAUCUUGAAAAUAGCCCCUAUGUUUCCCUUGUGGAUUGGGCCCUUGUUUUGCAACAAGAAGGGAAUUUGGUGGAGUUGUUGGAUCCAAAAUUGGGGUCAGAGUUUUACAAGGAAGAGGUACUUAGAGUGAUAAAAGUAGCCCUGUUAUGUGUAAAUUCAUCAGCAGCGCUAAGGCCAAUGAUGUCUGAAGUAGUGAACAUGCUGGAGGGUCGAAGCUCUGUUCGUGAAACAGUGGUGGAUCCAACUGCUUACGGUGAACAAGUAAGAUUAGCAGGCUUGAGAGACCAGUACAUGAAUCAGAAUGUACACCAGGUCAGCUCAGCUGAAUAUGAGAGUCAGACCCUGGUUCGUUCAUCAGACUCAACAUGGAUGGCUUCCCCAUCUUCCAAGGAUCUCUAUCCAUAUCAAGUACCUUCAUUAACUUGAUUGCGGACCAUAAUUUAGCUUGCCUGUAUAAUGUUUUCAUUGUAUAUAUAUAGGGGAAGGAUUCUCAUAUAAAUAUAAAGUUUUUUUUUUUUUAAAAAAAAAACAAAAAAAUCUAGAACAUUCAUUAAUAUAAUAUUCAAAUGGUGUAUAUUUGCUUUUUUUAGAACCCAUUAAUUUCUUA